AGAUUUCUGCGAAAUGGUAGAGAACAACAACUUUGCCCCAUGUUCACAACACGAUGAGCCCGAAGUCCCAAUUAAUUUGUCUUGUACUUCACUUCAUGGCAAGUCUUUAGGUAGGCGAUUUCUUCCGAUUGAGGCCGCAGGAGAUGUGUUUGAGUCAGAGGAUUAUAAACCAAAAGGAGAGACUCUGUACGUUCCGCUAAAGAACGAUGUUUUAGUGAGCAUGCAGAACAUUGAGCAAGUGUCAUUUAGCGAGGGGUCGUUUUUUAUCGGGGAUGAUAGCAACAGAUUUAGCCGGGCCGAGCAAGGAGCUGCUGUCCAUAUGUGGAGAUACAGUGAAAUGCAUAGAAAACUUUACAUUUCACGGUCAUUUCUCUUCACUAGACUUCAGUCAUAUGAAGCAAUCAAGAAACUGCUGUCUGACAUGUAG